AUAUUUGAGUCUGUCAGCUAACCGAUUUCAUUUGCAUUUGUUUUCGUACUGGGAUUCCCCAAAAAUCUAAGCGUACCGAAUAUACUUCAACUGAAAUGUCGCUGAAUCCGCAGUACGAGGAAAUUGGAAAGGGGUUUGUCCAGCAGUACUACGCCAUAUUCGAUGACCCGGUGAAUCGGGAGAACGUGGUUCAUUUCUAUAGCGCUACCGACUCUUUCAUGACCUUUGAAGGCCGCCAAAUACAGGGAGCACCCAAGAUUUUGGAAAAAGUUCAGAGCCUGAGCUUUCAGAAGAUUAGCAUAGUGAUAACCACAGUGGAUUCGCAGCCAACUUUCGAUGGCGGAGUUCUGAUCUCCGUCCUUGGAAGACUAAAAUGCGAUGACGAUCCCCCACAUUCCUUCUCGCAGAUCUUUUUGCUGAAGCCGAACGGAGGAUCCUUCCUUGUGGCCCACGACAUCUUCCGUCUCAACAUCCACAACUCUGCCUAGGAGUACUCCACACCCCUACCUAUGGUAUGAACACAAAAUCGACAUCCAAAGAUGCCCAGCGCCUAAUGAUAACAACAACGCGACAGUGGAACUCAGAAAAAAAUAUAGCAAAGCCAGCCAGUGGUCUGACGAUCAUCAGUAACAAGAAAAAAAAAACUAUAAAAAAAAAAUUGGGAUUAUUUUGAAAACCA